AGUGAUGUCGAUUUCUGUAGGUAUUCUCCUGAUAGGAAUAACGACAGUAAUUUUAUCUGCUGGUGAUGCAAUACAAAUUAAAAGCCUAGAAUUGCCAUCCUUAAUUCGAAAUGGCUCAGGUCCUGUUGAAUUCGUUUGUAUUUACGAACUUUUGAAUACUGAUACUGGAUUGGUGGUAAAUUGGUACCGGAAUGCGGAAAAAAUUUAUCAGUGGAUUCCUCCCCUAGCUCCUCAGGAUAUGGGAAUUGUAAAAGGAUUAAUCGAAUAUCCUUGGGAGAAUAUUAACAGACCUCAUACGCAUUCGAUUUUACGAAUAAAUAAAGUAACUACCAAUUUGGCUGGUGAUUAUACUUGCAGUGUCACUACUUUUCAAGAUGAGGCCACUAAGUCAGCAAAAAUGAUCGUAUAUGUUCCAGUGAAUGAUGUAAAAAUUGAAACAGAAAACCAUAAUGAAACUCACAUGAAUAUUUUGUGUGAAACAUACGGAGCACAUCCUCCUCCAAACUUGAAGAUUUUCAUCGCUGGGAUAGAAAUUGAGGGAGAAAUUAGUUAUUCCAGAAAUUAUGAUGAAGAUGCCUGGAUAAGGCAUACUUCAAUAACAAAUUAUCCAAAAGAUUCUACUUUAAUCGAAUGUGAAAUUUCCAUUCCAGAAGUGGACUAUAAACGAAGAGAGAAACUAUUCUACGAGUAUUAUCCUUGUGCUGGUCAUUCUUCCAGUUUAUUUGUAUCCUACUCAAUGUCAGAUAUCGAAUAUUGUAUGAUAAAUUCGAGCAGUAACGAAUCUGGCAAUAAAUAA